AUGAACGAUAAUUCCAACGGCGGAGCUCCAAACAGAGCCGAGGCGGAACGCCUGCUUGGAGUCGCCGAGAAGCUCCUUCUGUCGCGGGAUUUCAUCGGAAGCAAGGAUUUCGCCGUCCUAGCUCAAGAGACCGAUCCCCUCCUCGACGGCUCCGAUCAGAUCUUGGCCAUCGCCGACGUCAUCCUCUCUUCCGACAAGAAGAUCAACGAAGACCACCACGACUGGUACUCGAUUCUCCAGCUCGAUCCCGCCGGUACCGACGACGCCGACCUCAUCAAGAAGCAGUACCGCCGCCUCGCCCUCCUCCUCCACCCGGACAAGAACAAAUUCCCCUUCGCCGAUCACGCCUUCAAGCUCGUCGCCGACGCGUGGGCCGUCCUCUCCGAUUCCUCCAAGAAAUCCCCCUUCGACCGCGACUUCAACUUGUACACCAAGGUCGAUUUGUCCAACGCCGGCAACAAAUUGCCCGUCCGCAGAAGCCAGCGUCAUGCAGGUGACAAUGAUGAUAACAAUAGCCCUCGAACUACCGUCAAUUUCAAUAGUGAUAGUAGCUCCGGCGAUGUGAAUCAUACUAGUAACAAUCGGAGGUCGGCGAGGAUUGCCUCGUUUUGGACGCUUUGCCCCUACUGUUACAUAAUGUACGAGUACCCUAGGGUUUAUGAGGAUUGCUGCUUGAGAUGCGAGAAAUGUGAGAGGGCUUUCCAUGCUGCUUCGAUUCAAUCCCUGCCGCCUAUGGUGCCAGGGAAAGAAUCGUAUUACUGCUCAUGGGGUUUUUUCCCGCUUGGAUUUGUGCUUGGAAAUGGAGACAAAAGUUCUGCUUCAGAUGGUGGUGGUAAUUCUGCUGCUGCUGCUUCUGGCUCUGCCUUUGUGAAUUGGAUGCCACCGAUGUUCGGCGGAGCGGGGCAGCAGCAAGUUGGUGAAAGAAAUGGUGCUCCUCCACCACCAGCUGCUGCUACCCCAUUUUCAGUAGUAACGCCUGCUGUGCCGCAGUCGACAGUGCCACCAUCCAUUCCAGUGCAAGGGAGUUCGUCUGGAGUGGUAGCAAGGAAACGAGGCAGGCCAAGAAAAAACCCGUUACCGGGGCAAACGUAA